GCUUCGAAAUUUCAAGCCACACUUUGUAACAAACUGUCACGCUGUCAAGUGAAAGCUGUCAGUAGAAAGUGUUUUUUAUACAAAUAAAUUAUUGUUUUCUAAUUGCUUUUGUUGAAUGAAAACAAUAAAAAUAUUGUGUUAUAGAAAUUUUUAAUAAUUUAAUAAUUUUUAUAAUAGUUUUAUAAGCAUAGGUGAAUAUAAUUCCAAAGUGCAUUUUAUUACUAUUAGAAAAAUGUUUGCUAGAGUAUCAUUUUAUCCCACUUUGUUUUAUAAUAUUUUUAUGGAAAAAGUAUCUAGUAGAAGAUGGUAUGAUAGAAUCGAUGAUCAUGUCAUUUUAGGAGCAUUACCGUUUCCAAGCGUUGCUGAUAAGUUAAUUCAAGAAGAAAAUGUUAAAGCCAUUGUGUCUAUGAACGAAGAUUAUGAGUUAUAUUUUGCCACCAAUGGAAAGAAAUGGAAUGAACAAGGUGUAAAAUUUUUGCAAUUAGCCACAACAGAUAUAUUUGAAGCGCCAUGUCAAGAUAAAUUAAUGCAAGGCGUUAAAUUUAUUAAUCAGUUUCUGCCAGCUAAUAACAAAAUAUUCAAAGAAUGUAAUAAGUUAGAGAAUCAUAACUCGGUUGGUACUGUAUAUGUACAUUGCAAAGCAGGCAGAACCCGAAGUGCAACAUUAGUUGGAUGCUAUCUUAUAAUGAAAAAUCAAUGGGAUCCUGAACGAGCAGUUGAGCACAUGCGAAGCCGUAGACCACAUAUAUUGUUGCAUACAAAACAAUGGUCUGCACUUGAAACAUUUUAUAAAAACCAUGUGAAUAAAACUUCAAAAGCAAAUUCAUGACUACGGUUAUAGAAAUAAAAUUAUAUGAAUUAUUUAAUUUCAAAUAUUAAUUUUGAAAAUUCUUUCGAUGCGUACUUACGAUUUUCAACAUUGCAAUAUAAGA